GAUUAGUGGAUGCAUCAGACCGAUCAUAAAAGAGCGAAGAGUUGUGUAUUCCAGCAAAAAAAAUCUGUAAAUCCUAAAGCUACAAUAAUUUUUCCCCCACCCACAGGCAUACUCCAACGACCCAUUACUCAAGACAACGACGUUCUACCUGUAGAGCGGUCUAAAUCUCUGCGUAAAACGAAUUAACCCAAGAUAAAUCUACAGGAAAAAAAUGAUUUAUGAACAAAAGCACAAACAACGGAUUAACAUUUGUUAAGUUGCUCCAGUAAUCCAUAGUAAUCAAACUAAAGAAAGCUCAUUCUAAAAAGGUGGGCUGUCAACAUCCAGCCCCAAUCAUGGAUUGGAAGACUUUCCAAGCCCUCCUGAGUGGGGUGAAUAAGUACUCCACUGCGUUCGGCCGUAUCUGGCUCUCUGUGGUGUUUGUGUUCAGGGUAAUGGUGUACGUGGUGGCGGCAGAACGCGUGUGGGGCGAUGAGCAGAAGGACUUUGACUGCAACACCAAGCAGCCCGGCUGUGCUAACGUCUGCUACGACCACUACUUCCCCAUCUCGCACAUCCGCCUGUGGGCCCUGCAGCUCAUCUUCGUCACCUGCCCCUCCUUGAUGGUGGUGAUGCAUGUGGCGUAUCGCGAUGAACGUGAGCGGAAGUACCAUGCCAAGCAUGGCAACAAGGCCAAGCUGUACGAGAACACAGGCAAAAAGCACGGCGGCCUCUGGUGGACCUACCUGCUCAGCCUCUUCGUCAAGACAGGCAUCGAGAUCUCCUUCCUCUACAUCCUCCACAAAAUCUAUGACAGCUUCUACCUGCCCAGGCUGGUCAAGUGUGAGGUCAGCCCAUGCCCCAAUCAGGUGGACUGCUACAUCGGCCACCCCACAGAGAAGAAGGUCUUCACCUACUUCAUGGUGGGCGCCUCGGCCCUCUGCAUCGUGCUCAACGUCUGUGAGAUCAUCUACCUCAUCUCCAAGGGCAUCGCUCGCAAAGCACAAAAGAUGAAGAGAAGAGAGCGCACCUUGGCCUUGCAUGAACGGUACAACAAGGAGAAUUCCUGCAGCGACUGCAGCACUCUACCUAUGUCUCGGCUGGAGAAACAAUCCUUAAAUCCCCAGUUUCCAGGCCACCUACAAGCCACCUUACCGGCUCAUAUGCAUGCUUCUGCCCCUAACCUGUCCUAGAGUGGAUGUCCACUCUAUCCCAAGACUGAACCAAACAUGAAGGCCUAUGGAGCCAGGCCUCACCUUAUUGGUCAAGCCUGUAUAAGAGACAGACUUUUCUCAAAGUCUCUACUGCCCUAGCUUUUACUGCCCUAUACUGCCAUGGAGCAAGGCUUUGUAUUGAUGUACAUGACCCUGGGGCUAGACAAGCCUGUCGUGAGCCACAUUCCAUUUUAUACAACUAAACUCUUACUGCCAGACUGAAUAACCAACCAUUCCAACCCAUUUCCCUUUACUAUCAACGUUUCCCUUUCAAUGCAACGUAGCGAAACAAAAUGAACUAUGCAAGAGUUAGCAUGCAAAACUACUGUCUCUAUGCAAUACAUUUUUUGUAGGAAAAACGCAUCGGAGUAGGAUUCUAUUGCAUUGACACGCAUGACUCAGACCGUACUCUACACAGACCAGUGUGGCAUAACCAAUCAGAGCUGCAGUAGGCCUAUUUAAGAAAUUAGGCCUGCGGGGGUGUGGUUUAUGGCCAAUAUACAUCGUGCAUAAGAAGGGCUGUUCUUACGCACGACGCAAUGCGGAGUGCCUGGACACAGUCCUUAGCCGUGAUAUAUUUGCCAUAUACCACAAACCUCCGAAGUUCCUUAUUGCUAUUAUAAACUGGUUACCAAUGUAAUUAGAACAGUCUGAUAUACCACAGCUUUCAGCUAGUCAGCAUUCAGAGCUCGAACCACCCAGUUUAUAAAUGCAAAUUGAUCAUUGCCAUGUAUGGAUCUGUGCCAUUCGCUUUGAACUUAACUAUGUUUACAGCAUGAGCGGUCGUGAGUAGAUGCGCUUUUUUAUUUAUCAAAGCGAGAGCUGCUUGUAGCCACAUGUGCACAUUUUGUUCAUAUCCUUUGCUAGUUAGUGUGUUAUUAGCCCAGUUAUAAAUCAUUUGUAGUCAGCAAUGGGGGAGUGAUUGCUUCAUACAAGAGCACAAAACGUGUACAUUUCUUUGAAAAUACGAAUGGAGUAUGAGCUUUUUUUUGUUCUCUUAAAGGGGCAGUGUUGUAUUUUGAGACGGGUUUGACUAAAGCGAAGAGGCCAAUAGGCAGCAGAGGGUAACAUCAUUUUUCUGAUUCUCUGAAAUAAUGUUAUGGGAAUAAUACUGCAUGUUAUUUUGGAAAGUGGUUUCUUACAUCAAACAAUACAAUAACCUUUUCAGUCACUUCAUUGUCUGAAGGACAAGGUAAUGUCAAGCCCUGCAUGUUUUCUUUUAAGUCUCAUGGAAUGUAGGGCUAGAUUGAACAUCACACAUUGGCUGCUACUGUAGGGUGAAUGAUAGAACAGCUAUUUCAAUGUUAAAAUGUUAUGA